AUUAUCAACAUGCUUAGAUAUGGACUCAAGUUAUCGCCAUUGGUCAUUGGACCAUGGUAUGCUCUAAGCACUCCCCAGCAGAAGAAAGAUGUAGUGGCUAUAGGCUAUGCAGGUGCCAAUGCUGCCCGGGUUGUCCCAUUUUUAGUGACCUCAAUUUAUGACUAUUACAAGUCACUAAACAUGCAUCCAUACCCUUCUGAACAACAUGACAAAGAGAAAGAUCAGUGCCAUGAAAGGGUAGCAUACAAACUCCUUUCUCUAUGUGUCAAGAACAGGGGAAUUUAUCUUAAACUUGGACAAUAUAUUGGAUCACUAGACACAAUUGCUCCAAGAAAAUACGUCGAAGUUUUGAGAGUGCUCCAAGAUGAAGGUCCUCAUGUCCCAUUUGACGAUAUCAAAAUCGUCAUUGAGAAUGAUUUUGGGUGCAAACUUGAAGACUUAUUUGAAAAUUUUGAACAAACCCCGAUAGCUGCUGCAUCUUUAGCUCAAGUUCACAAAGCAUUUUACAAGAAAAGCAAGCAGCCUGUAGCAGUGAAGGUGCAGUUUCCAACCCUUUUGCUCCAAACUAAGUAUGAUAUGGUUGUGACAAGGACAACUGUGCAAGUCAUUAACUUUGUCGCAAGCAAGAUGGGAAACAACUCCAUAAAUUUCCUCCAGCUAUUUGAGAAUUUUAAAUCGAGUAGGAUCAAAGAGCUAGAUUUCACAUUGGAGUUCAAGAAUGGAAAUGACACCAAACAGCAUUUUCAGGGUGAUGAACGGAUUUACAUCCCUAACUACAUUGGAAAACCUAAGGAAAGAGUCCUCAUUAUGGAAUUCAUUGAUGACGCUUUCAAAAUAAACCAAGUAGAUGAGAUUUUGAAUAAAUUUGGUAAACCUCUGACUCAAGAAUACGUAUGCAGAAGUUUGAUCGAUAUAUUUGCAAAAAUGAUCUUCUUUUACGGUGUUGUUCAUGUUGAUGGCCAUCCCGGAAACAUCCUAGUUAGAGAGCAUCCAGACCACCCUGGACGACCCCAAGUUGUCCUCCUCGAUCAUGGUCACUAUGUCAGAAUAGAUGAUGAAUUUAGGAAUAACUUCUCAAAAUUAUGGUAUUCAAUGGUCACUUUUAAUAAGAAGAAUAUUAAAGAAAUUGGGACACAGUUUUGAGGAACUCAUUACAGAUAUCUCCCAAUACUAUUCACAUACCGCACAAUAGACAGUCAGAAACCGUUAGGAGAAAGUUUCAGGAGGGACGAGAAGCAGCUUUUAAAAGUUUCCAAUGAUCUUAGUUUAGAAAACAUUGGAUUUUUGCUCCAAAAACUUCCAUGGGACUUAAUACUAAUUUUCAAAGCCUGCCACUUUGUUACAAUUCACAACAAGAAAUUUGGAAUAAAGAGCAGAGAGAGGUUCUUCAGAUUCACUGAUCACUGAAUGAUCUCUCUUAGUAACAAUUCAAGGAUGUCCUAUUACAAAAUGAAGCUGAGCUUCUAUCUAAAGUUGUUCUUCCUGGAGUAUUUCCCAAGAAUAUUCAGGCUCCUGUACACAUCCACAACUUCUGACUAAAC